UCCAACACGAACAUAGUAGUUGGAAAUUUAUGCACAUCUAUCGAAACUCAACCGAGUUGUACUCGACGUUUUUCCUGUUUUGCUGGUUCUUGUGGCUUUCACCCCUACCGCGGUCGCCCUAUGUGGAGUAGGGGCGCAUGGAAACCUGGCCUGGCUUGUGGAAAUCACUGAAUGGGAUUUCGAUCCUACCAGUUGUUGCGUAGCGUGCAUCGAUGGCAUCAGAGAACAUGGUGGACGGAUGGCGUGGAUUGCAAGCUGGUUCUAGGAAUGCGUUUUUGUAUUCUGAGAGAGGGGUGGCAGGUGAAUUUCUGAAAGUGGCAUUGAAUCGGUGAAUUUGGACUCGAGAAUCAGUGUGGGCGCUCUGAGUGAGGAAAUUGAAUAAAUUUCUCCAGAAGAGCGCAAGGAGGGAUCAGCCCAGCAGGAUGAAUUGUGAGGUCUUUUAUUUGAAAGAGCUUGAGGUCGAACACUAUCAAAUUCGGGAGGUCUUGAGAUGUGUUCUGCAUACAAUCAUGUUCAACAGAGCUUUGGGACUUGUUCGACCGAAAGACAUUGAUUCCGAGCUUUUCGAAAUCACAUAUGUUCAGUGCGGGGAUGCAGCCAUCGAGAAGAAGAUUGAAGAAAAGAUCGACAAUUUUGUCAGUUGGGUAGAGAAACACCCGAACAAGAAAAGUCAGGUCUGUCUUUCAUUUUACGAGACAAGGAACAAACAGAUGGCUUGGUUCAGCUCCAAGACUGAACGACUGUAUUGGGAGCAAUGGUGUAUUUAUUUGAAUGUACAAACAGCUCAGUCGAAUCCCAAACCUCAUUAUGGUGAUACCACAGACGUGUCGACUGAAGAAAGAGAUAAGCGACACGCAGCUCUAGAAGCAGCUCUUAGGGAAGUGAUUCUUCAGAUUUUGCGCUAUGUGAAUGAGAAGAAAGAUCACAUACCACCUGUCAUGAGAGGGGCUGAUGUCGUCUCUUUUCCCUACGAAAUUAACAUACCAAGUUCAUCAGAUUCAUCCUUUGGUAUGGACAUGUUCAAGCGAAUGCUGCAGACCACACCCCCGGCAAUGUUGAGUUGAUGUAAAGCUUUGCGAACUCUCCCUUUUUAAAUUGUUCGUUGUAAAAUAAGGUGUACUGUUUGCCAGAUUUAUCUUCCUGGUUUAUCGUUUUCCAUAGAGGGCGCUCCUCCGUGGGCUUACAAAUAGAGUAGCACUGCUCAGCUUUGGGUGUCUUAUUGUGCUACGAAAGUGCAUAUGUCGCGGUGGAAUCGCUUACAGAAGGGGUAGAUGAAGAAUAUGAAGAAGAGAUAGUGUCCGUGGAUAGCACCGUCUCACCUUGGUUAAAGGUUGAUAGUGUAAUACCUUAGCCUCAGAUUUAAUCAUCUGCAAUUCUUACGGCAGAUAUAAUACUCCUCCAUUGGAGUUCUAGACGACUCUAGAUGCAAGCACAAGUGGUUAUGGCUCUCUUCCUUCUAUCAGUUAGAACAAGUCCUUAUUUGCUGUCCAUGAUAUCAAUUACAAGGACGUAGUUAGUUUAGCGUCAACCAGUUGAGAUAUCAACGUGAUGACUACUACCAUCCAUGGCAGCGCAUAAAGACUCUAAUUAUUUGACAGAUAACGUUGUACAUAAAUGACUUAAGCAUUUAUCGCAAAUACUUUGUUUUCAUCUUCCUUCCAAAAUCAAUAUCAUGUAGCGCCUACAGUUCCCCCUUUCAAGG